CCACCAUCUGUCAGUGAAUGUCAUAAACACGUGAAAGUUUUGUUGGUUAAAUCUCAAAUAAUACUUUAAAAAUGAAGUUGAAACAGAAGAAAACUCCUCAAAAGUUAUUAUCGGAUAAAAUAGCUGACGCUUUAACAGUAAAAGCGCGUGCUGACAUAGAAGACGAUCAUGUUUUUGGUACAAAGCCGAAAACAGUUACUCGUAAUGAAUUAGGGUCUUCGGACAGCGAGGUGGAGGCUGCUAUCAGUGAUUUCCGUAAGCAAAACGUGGGAUUGUUGAGCGAAGUCAGUAAAAAGUAUGAAGGACAAGUCAGUUCCCGUAAAGAUCCGGAAAUAUCGGACGAAGACGAUAGUGAUUCAGACAGCGAUCAAGAUAUACAAAAUAUACUCAAGAAUGGUCAAAUGACUUCUUCGGCACAGUCUGAUGAUUCCGAUUCUCAAGAUGAUGAACCUUCUAAACUAUCUAGUGCAUUAAACUCUGAUGAUGAUGAUCUCUCGGACUCUGAUGCAGAGAGUGAAGAUUACAGUAUCACUCAAUUCAAAAAACAAUUAAAAGUAUCUGAUGAUGACGAAAGUGAAGAAGGAAGUGAUGAUGGUGAUGACGAAGGUGAUGGAUAUGAUAUUAGUCAAAUGGAAGAGCCAAUGAAGGAAGAUUUUGAACAUGUUAAAAAGCAAAAUGUUUCGGAAGAAGCUAAAAAGGGUAUUUGCGUUAGAAAUCAGCUCCUAUUGUGGGAGAGUCUCUUGGAAAUGAGGAUACACUUACAACGGUGUGUCAAUACAGCCAAUCAGAUGCCUAUGCCUGAAACCUAUAGAAGUCUGAAAGAAAAUAAUGAUUUUGCUGAAGAAAGUAAUGCUACUAAAACUAACAUAACCAAUGUUUUGGAUAAGUUACUUACACUGCAGAAUAUGCUACUAAGCAAAUAUCCUGAAACUAAGACAUUAUGUAGUAAGAAACAUAGUAAACAGACUGAACAACAAGUUGCUAAAGAAGAAAGUGAUGAAGAGAUCCCCAGUGACACUGACAAUGAAGAAAUACCCUCGGACACAGACGCAGAGGAUGAUACCGUAAAAGAAGUAAAAACACCCAAAAUAAACAAACAAGCAUCAACCAAGAAACGCAAACUAGAUGACUAUGAAAGUGAAAUAUCAACUACCCACAAAGCCUUCAAAUCAUUCAGAGACACAUCCAUACAGAAGUGGAAUGAUAAAACACGUCUGGCAACUGCAACAAAUAUUAAAAAUGCACCAACAAACACUGUUUUACAACAAAUAUCGUACAUCCUAUCUGACAGAGAAAAGUUGGUCCGACGUACACAGUUGAAAAGAUCCGAAUACGACAUUGUAGGUUAUAAACAGAAUAUACCGGAACAAGAAAUUAAAAAUGAUGAGAGUGAAGUGAAUCCAGUCACAAGAGACCGCAAAGACAAUGACGAAUAUAUCCCAGAAAUCUUCGAUGACAGUGAUUUCUACCACCAGUUGCUUCGAGAACUCAUUGAGUGCAAGUCUGCGGAUAUAUCAGACCCAGUACAGUUGAGUAGACAGUGGAUUGCAUUACAACAAAUGCGGAGUAAAAUGAAAAGAAAGGUCGAUACGAAGGCUACGAAAGGCAGGAAGAUUAAGUACGUAGUCCAUAAUAAGUUGGUGAAUUUCAUGGCACCUGAAAAGAAUCCUUCUUGGACGGAUGAGAGCAAAAAUGAACUUUACAGCUCACUGUUUGGUAAAAUGUUUGAACACAAUAAUACAGGUGUUAAUAUGAAUGGUAAUGGUUUUAAAUUGAAGGAUUAAUAAAUAUUUGAUUUAAUUGUUA